AUGGCCUCUGCAGCCUUUCGUGAGCAGGUCUUGCGCGCGCCUGAGAGUGUCGUCAAACAACUCCUACUGGCACUAUGCGAAGACAAGGAUGUGGAGAAAAUCGCCCUCGCGCGUCUUAACGCGAUGCCGAAAUCGAGCGGUGCUUCACAAGGCUCAGGUCGUAAGCGAAAGGCCACCGAUGACCUCGCCAUCUGCGUUCAGUGCGAAAGUCCGUUUUACAAAGAUGAUAACAGACCCAAAGACUGCUUGUACCAUCCUGGCGAAUCCGAAGUGGAUUGGGAUAGCAGUGCCUGGGUUGAUCAUGAUGAGAACUGCCACGGGGAAAUCGACUCUGACUCGAUGCGGAAAGAGCAUCCCGAAGGCUUCAUAUGGUCCUGCUGCGAUAAGACGGGCGAAGAAUCCGCUGGUUGUACUCGAGGCUACCACGAAAGCGAUCCAAACAAGGCAUGGAAAGAGGGAAGUGAGGUCGAUUCUGACGAGGAGGACAGUGAGGACAGUGAGGAUUGGGAAUGA